AUGCUCUUCUCCGCAUUUAUUAUCGAUUUAGCACUCUUGCUGCAAUCGACACAAUCGCUCGCCCGUCCCCUGGCAGAAACUACAACCUAUGCCCUAACCGUUAUCGAAGAAACCACCAUCCCGCACAUCUUUGAGAAUGUUGCGGCUCGUUACGAUGGGGACCUACUUGUCACUUCUAUCAAUUCGCCAGUCCUUUAUCAAGUCUCUCCAGUCGUAGCAAAGGCUCCAGCUGUCGUGGCGGUCAUCCCUGAUGCUACUAGUCUACUUGGUAUUGCAGAGCUGGAACAGGACGUUUUCUACGUAAUCGCCUCGAAUCUUACGACAUUACCCGCCGCCCCUGGAUCAAAUGCAGUUUGGAAGGUAGACUUCAACGAUCGUUCUUGUGCGCCUGGGACUGUUGACAAAACACAUGCAACUGCAUCACUCGUUGCGCAGGUAUCCACCGCAGCAACACUCAAUGGCAUGUGCCGUCUGGCGAAAAAUGAUACUUCGACUUUGCUCAUGGCGGACUCCACUUCAGGGGACGUCGUAAGGCUCGAUGUCAAUACCGGCAGCUACGAAGUGGUCAUGGAUGAUAUGACUAUGGAGAAUGGACCAUCUGGUCUACAAAUUGCAAUUGAUGGCCUUCACAUGCAUGAUUCUUAUCUUUAUUUUACCGACCUAAACCAGGGCAUCUUUGCAAGAAUUCCAGUCUCUCUGACAGAUGCUCACCCCACCGGUCCCGUCGAAAUCAUUGUCAACGGUACAGCUGGCGAUGAUUUCGUUAUUUCGGAAGAUGGAAAGAAAGCAUGGGUCGCUAUGAAUGGGCAGAGUAAAUUGGUGGAGAUUGAUAUUCCACGCAGGGACGCGCGAGUUGUCGUUGAAUCUACGUACUUGGCAUCAGCUUCGGCAGUAGCAUUUGGAAGAACUAGGUUGGAUGAUUGCAGCUUAUAUAUUUCUUCCGGUGGCGAACUUGAUCCAAAUUCUAACAGUACUGGAACCGGUGGUCUUGUUGUUAGAGUGGACCUGUAA